AGACGUUUCCUUGGCCCUGAUUGAAACCCAAUCCAAUCCAAAGGCCCAAUCUGAGUUCAAGGCCAUGAAAACCUAGCAAUAAAUCCCCCAAAUCCUAUUCUUUCAAUCUAAAAUUUUCAACGUGACUGUCCAGUUCAGGCGUAAAGAAUAAGAAGAGAAAGAAAUUAAGAAGAAUCAAGAAUGUAUUCAACAUGGCCUCGUUCAUUGUUAAAGAAAGACGUUAAUGCCCUUUCUGAGGCACCUUCUUCAGAGGGUCCAAAUUCAGGUUUUCUUGUUCUCCAAGAUGAAGCAGCACAAAGCUAUUGGUUCUUUGGUUUGUUGAAAAACAGAAACAUCAGCCAUUUCCCUUUUCCUCAGAGCGAGAAUCUGACCGUCAGUUAUACUGUUAAUAGAGGAGGAAAUGGGUCCACAACGGAUUACGACGACGUUAUGUUCAUUCCAGUUCUUAAUCAGCCCUUGUCUUCCAACCGCUACUAUGUUAUAUGGAGGAAAGGAAAGCAUCAAGGGAAGGCAUGUACAAGUUCAAAGGAAGAGGAUAUGAGAACUUGUUUAUGCUUCAAUUUUGUGAAAGAUGUUAAACCAAGACCUUUGGACCCCUUUAACGAACAGCAACAAUUCGAGAUAAUCAAGAAGAGUUCUGGAUUCCAUGCAAAGUCUGUUGCUCCUGAUGGGUUCCCUCCUUUAUUCUUAAGGAGGAAAGGUUGGACUGUUGAAGCUUCUACACCCAAGAAUUACAAGUUGGAAGAAGCUCUUGGCCUAAAUCAAUUGUUGCGCGGUCAAUUACCGGCAUUCGAUUUCCCAUUGUCUAAUGAUAGUUCUGGUUCUGUGGUCAUUGGGAAUUGGUACUGUCCAUUUAUGUUUGUAAAGGAAGGAAUGGAACUCAAGGACCAAAUGAAAAGAUCUGUGUUUUACACAUUGACACUUGAGCAAAGAUGGGAGAAGAUUUUGUCAAUGAAGAAUAAUAGUGUUUAUGGUAGUAAAGGUAAUGAUGGGGUGUUAGUGGAUGUUGUUGUUGAAACAGAAUUUGCUAUGGUGGGUGGUGGAAAGGAAGCUGAUUGGGGUGAAGGAAAUGGUGAUGAUGGAGUGGUUUGGUUUAGUGUGGGAAGAGAGGUCAGUGUUGGAUUGAAUUUGGUUAUUGUCGAGAGAAUGAAAUGGGAGCAAGAAAGAGGUGGUUGGUUGGGUAGGAAUAAGAGGCAAGAGAGGAUAAUUAGAGAUGAGAAAUUUGAAGGGGGAAUUAAAUGGGAAAAUUUUGGGUGUUAUGUGCUUGUGGAAAGCUUUGUUUUGAAGAGAAUGGAUGGAAGCUUUGUGUUAACUUGUGGUUUCAGACACACCAAUCAAAUUAUGUGUAAAUGGGAGUGAUGACCACGUUGUUAUUCGUUUCUUAUGUACAUACUAGUUUGGAAACUAUUUGGAUAUAAAAUUCAAGAAAACAAAAGAAAAAAAAAAGAACUGAAAGAUAUAUGCUUUUAGUGCUAUGAAACAG